GGUUGGCCAGGAAGUUCCAAGGAUCCUUCAGUCUGUUCUGGAACUCACACACAUGUGGGAAAAGAUGGAUGGCUUCUCCUGGUGGCCUGCCAUGGUGGUGUCCUGGAAAGGCACCUCCCAGCACCAGGCUGUGCUUGGCAUGCAAUGGGGAUGGUGGUUUGGUGAUGGCAAGUUUUCUGAGGUCUCUGCUGACAAACUGGUGGUCCUUGGCCCUGGGCUGUUCAGCCAGCAUUUUAACCUGGCCACCUUCAAUAAACUGGUUCCUUAUAGGAAGGCCAUAUACCACACUCUGGAAAGAGCCAGGGUGCGAGCUGGCAAGACCUUCCCCAGCAGCCCGGGAGACUCGCUGGAGGACCGGCUGAAGCCCGUGCUGGAGUGGGCCCACGGCGUCGAGGGCCUCAAAUCAAACAGCAAGCAACCAGAGAACAAAGGUCGAAGACGCACCACAAAUGACUCUGCCGCUUCUGAGUACUGUCCCACACCCAAGCGCCUCAAGACAAACAGCUGCGGAGGGAAAGACCGAGGGGAGGAUGACGAGAGCCGAGAGCGGAUGGCUUCUGACGUCACCAACAACAAGGGCAAUCUGGAAGACCGCUGUUUGUCCUGCGGUAGGAAGAACCCUGUGUCCUUCCAUCCCCUCUUUGAGGGUGGGCUCUGUCAGAGUUGCCGGGAUCGCUUCCUGGAGCUCUUCUACAUGUAUGAUGAGGACGGCUAUCAGUCCUACUGCACCGUGUGCUGCGAGGGCCGGGAGCUGCUUCUCUGCAGCAACACCAGCUGCUGCAGGUGCUUCUGUGUGGAGUGUCUGGAGGUGCUGGUGGGGACAGGGACAGCCGAGGAUGCCAAGCUGAAGGAACCCUGGAGCUGCUAUAUGUGCAUCCCACAGCGCUGCCAUGGUGUCCUCAGGCGCAGGAAGGAUUGGAACAUGCGCCUGCAAGACUUCUUCACGACUGAUCCUGACCUCGAAGAAUUUGAGCCGCCCAAGUUGUACCCAGCAAUUCCCGCAGCCAGGAGGAGGCCCAUUAGAGUCCUGUCCCUGUUUGAUGGAAUUGCGACAGGGUACUUGGUGCUCAAAGAGUUGGGUAUCAAAGUGGAAAAGUACGUCGCCUCCGAAGUCUGUUCAGAGUCCAUCGCCGUGGGAACCGUUAAGCAUGAAGGCCAUAUCAAAUACGUGGAUGACGUCAGGAAAAUCACAAAGAAAAAUAUUGAGGAGUGGGGCCCAUUUGACUUGGUGAUUGGUGGAAGCCCUUGCAAUGACCUCUCCAAUGUCAAUCCCGCCAGGAAAGGCCUAUAUGAGGGCACCGGCAGGCUCUUCUUUGAGUUUUACCACUUGCUGAAUUAUACACGCCCCAAGGAGGGCGACAACCGUCCAUUCUUCUGGAUGUUUGAGAAUGUGGUAGCCAUGAAGGUCAACGACAAGAAAGACAUCUCCCGAUUCUUGGCGUGUAACCCAGUGAUGAUCGACGCCAUCAAGGUUUCUGCCGCUCACAGGGCCCGAUACUUCUGGGGCAACCUCCCUGGGAUGAACAGGCCCGUGAUAGCUUCAAAGAAUGAUAAGCUCGAGCUGCAGGACUGCUUGGAGUUCAGUAGGACAGCAAAGUUAAAGAAAGUACAGACAAUAACCACCAAGUCGAACUCCAUCAGACAGGGGAAAAACCAGCUUUUCCCUGUAGUCAUGAAUGGCAAGGACGAUGUUUUGUGGUGUACUGAGCUCGAAAGGAUCUUCGGCUUUCCUGCCCACUACACUGACGUCUCCAACAUGGGCCGUGGCGCCCGCCAGAAGCUGCUGGGAAGGUCCUGGAGUGUGCCAGUCAUCAGACAUCUCUUUGCCCCCUUGAAGGACUACUUUGCAUGUGAAUAG